CUGUAUUCCUAAUUAUGUCAACACAGGUCAAUAUCUCGGAAGCAGAGACGCAACAGGUGUCCGCGUUAGUGCGUCGUGUCAACAAAGUGGACAUUAGUGUCGAGGAAGUGGAAAUGAGUGAUGUGGGAGUGAACGUGAGUGAAUCCGGUACUGAGGAAGUGGUGGUGACUCGUAGCAGGGAUGCGGAUGAGGAGGAAAAACAACUGAAGGCGACGCACAGGCGCACGUCAGUAUUAGAGGAGGAGUCUCCCAUUCGAAACGCGGAAUGUGUCAAUCCUUUCGUCAAUGUUCAUCGCAGAGCUGUCAGCGAAUGCAUCAUCGACGAGAACGACAACAGAACGACCUUCACUGCCAAAGAUGCCAAAUCCAAAGACAAAAAGAAGAAAAAGCUCUCCUUCAACAACAUAUUCGGCAAGAAAGAUAAAACUAAAACCAAAGACGUAUCUAAGGAAGAAGAAGAAACUCACGACAAUCUACCUCAAUUACCAGUGUUUUUUAGCAAUACUUUAGGCAAGAGCAAGAAGUAUGCCUCCGCUAUGGAGUUGCAUCAGAAGAAUCACUCGUUGCAUAGAACUCCGUCAUUUAUUAAGAAGUUAGUGCAUAUAGGCGAGGACUCGUCCAGUUUUUUGAAGAGAUCGUUAAGCUUCCGCGACUUUACGAAAAAGGCAAAGGACAACUCGAGAGAAAAGUUGACUGAAAGGAAGACUCAGGAGUGGAGACAGUCUCUGCAAUCGCUAGUGGAAAAUGAUAUUAGUGUUAGUUACAGUGAUCUCAGCUUCGUGAACUAUGAUGCCCUGAAUGACAUUAACUAUGAACCUGCGAAUUUGAAAGCCGGUACUGGAGAUAGCAGAAACAGCUAUAUUGGAAGGACGCAAAGUAUGAUCGAAGUAAGUAUAGUAAUAUGUUUUAUAUGUGUUUUAAUCUUUGUUUUACUUGAAUACAAAUAA